ACUUAGAUCUAGAUGAUCGAUCUUGAUCUGAUAACUUGAUUCUAUUUCUGGAUUAGUAGAUAUAGAUUGUGACAUUGUCUAGAUCUAGAUUGUUAUAGUCUAGGCUAUCUAAUAUAGAUCUAGGCCGUCUAGGGUAUACCAGAUCUAGUCUAUUGAUUAUAGAUUACAUAGACUGUCUAGUGUCUAGUUUAGACUUUUUAUUUUUUUAGUGACAGUUAAAAUGUUGAACAUCAAUUCUUUCUUAAUAAGGUCAACUCAGACUCAAUCUUCAAAAUUAUUAACUAAAGUAACUUUUGAAAUUGUUGAAAGAUUAAACGUAUCCAAUUCCAAGGUUUCCAGUUCUACCUCUUGCAGAAGUGACUCUUUGGUUAGUGCUACAAUAAAACCAUUAAGAGUAAAAUCACUUUCGAAGAAACAUGAAAACACUAGGAUCAACAAAUCUUCAUCAUUUCCUAACAAUAACAACAGGUCUCAAAAACGAAUAUUUGGAAAUCCUGCAAAAGCAUCGAGGGAGAUUGAUGAAGAUGAAAUGGACUACUUGGAACAACAAGCACAUUCUAUCAGCAAAUAUAAUAGCAAAUUGAAUUUUCGUUUAGCAGAGGAAAAUUUUAAAAGAGAAUCAAUAAAAAAAUUGUAUUAUGCAAGAGCCAAAACUAUUGAACGCAAAUUUUUCAAAAAACCUGAUCCACCUAACUUAUUGACUUGGUCUGCAAAAGAACAGAUUCGAUUCCUUCAUGAACAGUACCCUGAGGAAUGGACUGUAGAGAAACUUGCAGACAGUUUUCCUGUUGAUAAAGCUUGUAUCAAAAAGGUUCUAACUUCAAGGCUGAGAUUACAUAGAGAAGAAGAUAUCGCUCAACAUGACUUAGAGGUUCAGAAGAAUUGGACUGAUUUGAAAGUAGCCAUUGAAAGUGGCCAACAGGACAAUGACAUUUACUCAAAUCUCAAAAACAUAAACAAUGAAACUUUAAUUUCCAAUGCUUCAGGCAUUAGCUACUGUCCAUUGCCACCAAUUAAAAAGAAGCAGUUAAAGAUCGGUCCAUUUUCUUCCAUUGUAAAAGACUGCCUUGAAAAGAAAGAUUCUACUUCAAAGGAUGCAAUGAGCUUGCAAGACAAACUCACUCGUCUCUCCAAUGUUUUAGCUGAUGUCUCUAAAGUAUAUAACAAAAGCCUUGAAACAAAGUUGGAUUCAAACCAAUCCAAAGAUGUGCACAAUGAAACUCAGACAUUUGACUAUAAAAGAUUUUCAAAAUAUAAACAAAACAGUGAAACCGACAGUUUGGGGAAUCAACCUUUUACCAUUAGAGAAGAUGAAGGAAACCCAUCAGCUCCAAAAAAUAACAUUUUAAAGUUAUCUAAUAAAAAAGCCAAAUAUUUGGUUUCUGGCAAUUCAGUUUAUGAUAAAAAUGGAGAGUUUUUGUACAAAAAACCUUAAUAAAUUAUUUUAUUAAAGCA